AUGUAUCAGAUUUUAGCUGCUGCAGAACCACCGCCUGCCCCUGCAGCUGAUGAGAUCGCGGCGUUGAUAGAUCCCCCAUCGGUUGGAGGUGGAGAUUCUGGUGUUGACCUAGCUGGAAUGGAUUAUCAACCAACGCCACCAGGUAUGCAAACUUGUUUAUUUUCAUUUUUUAUCGCUGAUCACUUGAAUAAUGCAACUCUCACUUACCCCAUGAAUGACUUCGAGUGCGGUUCUACGUAUCUCCUUCUAGUCCCGCUUGUUAACGGAAAUGGCGUCAAUAGCCACCAGUCGGCCGCGAGCUCAAAAGGUCCAUCACCAGUACCUGUUCCGCGCAUAGAGGCCGAGAAUAUCCGUAGGUGGCGAGAGCAACAAAAAGUGCUUCUGGAAAAGAAAGAUGAGGCCGAGGAGAAGAAAAAGAACGAGCUGCGUGCUGCAGCGAAAAAAGAAUUGGAGGAUUGGUACAAACAACGAGAGGCUGCGCUCAAACUAACGAAAGAAGCGAACAGGUGUGGUUUGAAAACAUUCGAAGCUAAUCAUAUUUUGAUAGUUUUACCUUUAUGA